AUGAACUGGCACUGCGCGUUGUGAUACUAGAUACUUAUGACGAUUCGCGUCUAGAGCGGGGCUAAACUAGGUCACCAACUGUUGAUCGGGCAAUUGGCUGGGCGCCAUAGCAAAUGAAGAUGGAUGUAUCCUCGUGUUUGUCCUGGCCCUUGGCCGAGCAAGAUAUAUGUGCGAAUGGGUUCGAUGACCGGGAGCCCGGGGAUUUGGCGAGUCUUGUCACAAGAUAAGGCCCUGUCAUCGGGACGGAGGCUAACAAUCAAAACGAUAUGUGGAGAAAGGCUGUGCGCGAAGGAUGGCAAAGCGUCGGGUGUGCUGUUCGCCAUAUGGUUUGCUGGCGAUUUAGCUAAUGUUCUCUUGAUAAGAUGUAAGCUAGAGACCUCUAGCACAUACGACCACAGGGUGUGGAAAAUAGGGCUUCCCGUCCGCUCAGCCGUACUCAAGCCACCUAUUGAACGCGGCCGAGUGAGAAAUGAGCCCUUUCUCAGUCGCUGCUUUAUGGGUGAGCAACGCUAAGACGAAGAGUGAGUGCGGGUGAUUUGGGUGAUGCUGUCCAGAGUGUGGGUGAGCGGGGUGAGCAGGGUGAGCAAAUAGGUGAGCGAUUGAGUGACCGAGCGGGCCAGCUAGGCAACCAAGUGAGAAAAUUUUUGAAGUUAAAUAGGGC